GAUCAUUCACUAUUUAUUGAUUGUCUCCAUUUAUUCAACUCUUUACAGGUUGUCUAAGAAAACUCUCCAGGACUUGGUCUUUAUAAUUUAUGAAGCACAAGAUGUCCCCCUUCUGAAGUCCUUCCUCCAGAAAGUUGGCUAUGACCUGAGCUCCUGUAAGCUCAACUGGAAUGUUCUUCACUUUCUGCUGAGUCACUCAGAUGAAAGAAUUAAAACUGACCUUAGAAGAAGUGACCUUCAUGAACGCGACCUCGUGGAACUCCUGCCAUGUCUUCACAGGGUCCAUCCUUCAGGGAUGAAUGGAAGGCUUUCUAAAAUGUUACUGAAGGUCAUCUUCGAUUCCGGCUCAGUGGAGUUCAUAGACUUGUGGUUACAACUCUCAGACCAUCGUGUUAAUUUUAAUAACGCAGAGUUGGGUUCGAGUCACUGCGAUGCUCUCCGGCUCAUCACUGAAUGCUCAUGUCGUGUACGACUCAGCCUGUUAUGGACGUCCUUCACGGAUGAGACGGCAGAGAAGUUACUUUCUAUGAUGGGCCGAGUGUCUGAACUGAGUUUGGACAGAAGUACUUUGCUCAAGUUUCUACGUAAGCUCACAGAGGUGAAUGAUCCAGAAGCUGUACUAAACUUUUUCAAAGCACUGCGUUGCACCCUGGACUUUUCUUCAUCAUCUAAGAUGGACAUUUCAAGUGACGACACUUCACAACUCCAUCAGCUGAGCUUCAAUGAUUGUCAGGUCAUCUCAAAAUCAGUGGGAUUGUUGAAAGAUAAAACUGAACUUAACAUCAACGAUUGUAAGAUAGAAGAUGGAGGACUGGAAGUCCUAUUUGACAUCUUUGACAAAGUUCACCUGAGAACAAGUAAGGAGCUUCUGCUGAGAUUUAUUUCGAUGACUGAUGAGAACAACACAAGAAGGAUCAUCUCGCUUGGCAGAGCCAUUGGCAGUACCAUUGAUCUGAGUGGCACCCGUCUGUCAGCGGAGACCUGCACAUCGCUGGCCAUUGUGAUCAACUACACUGAAGAGGACUGUGAGGUGGACUUAAGCAAAUGCAGCCUUUCUACUGAGUGCAUCGAGCGGCUGUCUGCAUGUCUACACAAAAUACGAGACUUGGAGUAAGUGGACCAGCAUGCUUUAAAAA